UCCCUGUGAGAUGCCUGCUUGGUUUAUGGCUGGGUCUUGUAUUUUUACUAGUCGUGUAAAGCGCUACGCUCCUUGCCCCACCGGCGGGGAGUUUCACUGCCACAGUGGUGGGACUCGGGCAGUUAGUACCCGGUUGUAGGGCUACAAUGAUCUUGUGAUCAGUUCGUCUAUGCCCAGUCCCAAAGCCACCCAGCUGGAACAAUGUGGACUUGCAAUGAGGUGUUAACGCCUUGCUCCGCUUUAUUGAAGUGAAGUGACCUAAAUGGCGCAACAUGACUUUGCUCCAGCCUGGCUCAGCUUUCCUACACCACCGUCCUCAUCAACAAAGUCUUCAGUAAACACUGAGAAGCCUUCUGAAACUGCCGUGCGCCAAGACAACCGUUACAGUGUGAUACGACGACGUCACAAUUCUUCAGAUGCUCUGGAUGCCUCUCUUGGUCGGUCCAAUGGUGGUAACUUUGGAAGAAAAGAAAAAAAUGGUUGGCGCUCGCAAAGCAGGAAUGGAGCAGAGAACAUAAACCACUGGGGGGCAUACAAUGGUACCGGUUCCCGCUCCAGAAGUAGCACUUUUCACUGCGGGAAAAGCCAUCGCGAGCACAACUCUUCUGAGUGUGACACUGCGCGAAAAGACGAUAGGGAAAGACGCAAGCAAUUUGAAGCUGAAGAUUUUCCUUCUUUAAACCCAGAGCAUGAGAAAGAAGUGAACCAAAACCGGACAAUUUCUGCAGGUGUAUGGGACUUCCCUCUAAAUACAAAGUCUAGAACAUCUCGAAUGCUGGUCAUUAGGAAGGGUAUGAAAGAUGACUUGUCCUUGUCUGGAUAUCCAAUUGCAACAAGUACUCGUAUUCCACCAGCGACAAACGAGACAGAAGCUCCUAAGAGUAUAGUUCCAAAAAGUGUUACUCCUCCUAGGGAGCUGUAUUCUCAACUGGAUGAAAAUAAACUUGAAAGCGAUAUUUGUCUGGACCCUGUUCGUGAAAGCUUUGGUCCAAAUAAAUCCAUAUAUGAUGAUUUGCUAUGUCGCGAUAUAUCACAAAGUCCCUUGAAAGAGGGGGUGAACACUUCCAGUUUUCACAGCAGUAUCGGCACUUGCCACGAAAGGGAUAUAAAUCGAAACUUCGAUACAAAUGAAGUUCCUCAAAGCAAUGGUAACGUUCUGACGUCCCAGCAGAUCACACGCGCCUCCACCUUCUCUCACACGGAUGUUCUCUCAAGUUCACUUGAAGCAGAGCACAGGUUAUUGAAGGAAAUGGGCUGGCAGGAAGACAGUGAAAAUGAUGAGAUCUAUGCACCUUUAACUGAGGCCGAAAUGAGGGAGUUCCAGUCUAUUAGCGAACAGCUACAAAAAAAUGGCCUCCGGAAGAAUGGAUUACUGAAAAAUUGCCUAUCUUUAAAUUUGAAGUUUAGUCCUUGGAAAAACCGCACUUUCAUGGCCACCGAUGAGAAUGAGGAAUCUGAGACGAGCAGCAGUGACACCUCUGACGACGAUGCUUGAAUAUUGGAAGGGUUUAACCAUGUUUGGGAGACCAGUUGUGAAGGAUUGCUAUAAUAAGUUGUCUCAGAGUUGGAGACGCCACACAAAGCAGUGCUGUACUGGGAUCUCGCUGUCUCGCUAAGGACAUGUUGGACUAUAUUGAAUCAGCCUUGAAUCUGUCCUUACACUGACUCUCUCUAAAUAGCAGUGUGUUAAUGUGAUAAUUGUGAGGGGGUCACGUCUACUAUAACAAAAGCCAAUCGUGUAAUGUUUUUUGCCAAGGUUUCUGUUUCAGUAUGUCUUAGAAACAAAAGAAAGGCACUUUACUAUUUUUCGCUUUGUUAUUCUGUUUCUCACUUUGAAUUCUUUGGACUCUCAAACAGAUGAUGUAGCAUGUUUAGCAGGCAAAGUAUUCUCUGUGUUUUGUUUUUCACGAGACUUUGAAACUUAACUACUUUUUUGCAAUUAUUUGGAUUAAAAAAAUUCCUUCCUAUUUCUUACAAUCAAGGGUUUACUCGGGUUGAUGUUUAAGCCAACAAUUGGAAGUGGACACUGGCUAAAAUCUGUUCAGAAUAAACAUAUUUUGAUAUUAA